AUGGACUCUUCGUCAAGUUCAAGUGAUGAUGAAACUAUAAUUGCAUUUGUGAAUAGACUUGGUCAGCCAAGAAAACAACGCGUUUUUCGAAAUCGAACCGAUAAUUUUCUAGAGUGGGACGAAAACGAAUUUUUUAAUCGAUUUCGUUUAACUAAACGAUGUGUGAAUAUUGUAUUGGACCUAAUCACAUUCAAAAUUCAAUCGUCUACUGACCGGAAUCAUGCAGUUACACCGGCACAAAUGAUUUUAAUUACAAUACGUUUCCUUGCAUCUAGUGGCGGAUUAAAUGCAGAAAUAUACAGAAAUAGGAAACAGUUUUUUUCAAUCAAUGUUCAGGCAAUUUGUGAUUCAAAUCUAAAAUUUCUUGAUGUAGUUUCAUGGUGGCAGGGGUCAGCCCAUGAUUCGCGAAUUUUUCAACAUUCUAAAAUAUACUCACGUUUUCAAAACAGGGAAUUCGGUGACAGUAUUCUCUUAGGAGAUAGUGGAUAUCCUCUGAAGAUCUUUUGUAUUACUCCACUUCAAAAUGUAUAUACUCCAGCAGAGAACCUAUUUAAUGAGGCACAAAUCAGAACUAGAAAUCCCAUAGAAAGAGCAUUUGGUGUCUGGAAACGACGAUUCCCUAUUUUAUCUACUGGGAUCAGGUUAAACGUAAGUAAAGCGCAAUGUUUAAUUAUAGCAACAGCUAUUUUACAUAACAUUGCAACAAUAGAUAAAGAACAACAUUGUGCUUUACCUCCAUUACCAACAGAAAUUGAAGAAGCCAUUAACUUUGAAUAG